AUGGCACCCCGUGAGAAAAGCUCACUCAAGCGGGGCCGAGCCGCCGCCGACUCCGACUCCCAAAAACGGCCUCGACGCUCGCAGAGAAUAUCGAGUCAAGUGCCUGUGCAAGAGACACCGGUCGACCUGGAUUACCUGCCCACUCCUCUCACCGGCCCUGAUUCGACCAUUGCGGAUACUCGCAAGGAUGUGACCGCAACACCCCCGGAAAGCCCUCACAAAGGCCGUCAACACUCUCCAUCCCAGCCAGAAUUAUCAUACGCUGUUUCUUCGCCCCCAGAGGAUACCCAGGCACUUUCGCAAUUCGUGUAUCCCCCCAGGGCAUUCGCAGAUGAGGUAGAGGAUGAGGACGCCGAAGGGGUCUGGGGCUACUUGCUACCACUCGACGAGCAUGGCAAAGGUCCGCUCGUAUUGAAAAAGCGCACUCAAUGCAGAGAUGACAGCAGUCCUGCCAAAGUAAAGUCUGGAAAAAAGAACGAGUGGUGCAAGAAUGCCCAGUCGCCGGGUGGCUUCUUGGUCGGCCGUCACCCCGAGUGCGAUCGGGUGCUUGCUAUUCCCACCAUCUCCAAUCGGCAUUUUCUCAUUUUCGCCGAGAACAGAAAGGGCGAUAUGGUGGCCAUGCUUGAGGAUCUCUCCAGCAACGGAACCUUUAUCAACGAUGCUAUUGUGGGCCGGAACCAGAACCGCGAGUUGGAAGACGGCGACGAAAUAUCUAUUCUGAACGAAGCCCGGUUUGUCUUCCGCUACCCUCGCACUCGGGAAACCCACGGUUUCCGCCAGCAGUACCGUAUCCUCCAGCAGCUCGGGAAAGGCCACUUCGCUACGGUCUACCUAUGUGCUGAGCGAUCCACUGGGACCAAGUAUGCCGUCAAGGUUUUUGAAAGACGGGCUAGUGACUCGCAAAAGACGCAAGGUGAAGCUCUACAGCAAGAAAUUGCGGUUUUGAUGGGCGUUAACCACCCGAACUUGCUGUGCCUAAAGGACACAUUUGAUGACAAUGACGGUGCCUAUUUAGUCCUUGAACUGGCACCUGAAGGCGAAUUGUUCAACCUGAUUGUGACUCAGCAGAAAUUGAGCGAAAACGAAGCCCGCCAUGUGUUCCGUCAGCUCUUUGAUGGACUAAAGUAUCUGCAUGAACGCGGAAUUGUUCAUCGAGAUAUCAAGCCGGAGAACAUCCUACUCGCGGACAAGCACUUGAGCGUGAAGCUAGGCGACUUUGGGUUGGCGAAGAUCAUCGGAGAGGACUCAUUCACCACUACACUCUGUGGCACACCAAGCUAUGUUGCUCCCGAGAUUUUGCAGGACACCCGCCGCCGACGAUACACCAAGGCUGUCGAUGUAUGGUCCCUUGGUGUUGUCCUAUACAUCUGCCUCUGUGGCUUCCCGCCUUUCUCCGACGAAUUGAACACCUUGGAGAACCCAUACACGCUCGCGCAGCAGAUCAAAUUGGGCAAAUUCGACUAUCCGUCCCCCUACUGGGACUCUGUUGGCGACCCCGCGUUGGACCUGAUUGACAGGAUGCUUACUGUGGAUAUUGAGAAGAGAAUCACUGUGGACCAAUGUCUAGAGCAUCCUUGGAUGACCGGGAAAUACCCCAGUGUUACCGACAGCACCGACGGUCUGACCGGGGCCCUGGGCAACCUGGACUUUUCUAAGCGUAAAAUGAAGCGAGAAAGGACGCUGCUUAGCAGUGUCAACGAUGCUCCCUUCAGUGAACACACUCAGGGCAGCGAGGCGCCGGUCAAAGUGUUCAGCCAGAACGAUCCUGGCAAGCGCACUUACAACCGGCCACCCAAGGCCUCUCGGCGCGAAGCCUCGCCGAGUGGCAACCGAGACCCGAAGGAUUUUAUCAACAUCGGAGAACGUGGCGAUCCCACCUUGUACGAUAAUUGA